AUUAAUUAAAUUAACUUAAAACAACGCCAACUUAAGGAUUUUUAUUAAACAUUCCGAAGUUGCUUGUGUCCAGACGCAGAAGCAAAAAUUUGAAUAUAUAUAACAUGCCGCUUGACAGCCCUAAUCAGAGAUAAAUCAAUAGCGGCGUGAUUUGUUUACAAAAUGUUUUACUAAAUUUUUAACCUGAAUCGCAAUGUUUAGAAUUCAUUUGGAGAAAAGUGCAAUAUGUUUGCUGCUGCUGCUGCUGCUAAAGAGCAAAUCACUGCCGGCAUCAGCCUCCAACGGCGAUCGCACACAAUUCUAUCACAAUUGUCGGCAAAAUUGCGAACGCACAAACUGUUCCGCUGACGGCUUGGAAAUACAAGAACAGGCCAUCAGCUUCUAUGGCCAAACGAUUUUCGAUCGCAUCUUUGGCUGGAACUGUGCGGACGAGUGCUCGUAUGGCUGCAUGUGGCGUACCGUGUUUGCGUUCAUGGAACGCGGCUGGCCCAUACCGCAAUUCUAUGGGAAGUGGCCAUUCCUGCGUCUCUUCGGCAUGCAGGAGCCGGCGUCAGUUAUAUUCUCUAUAGCAAAUUUUGUUAUGCACUUUCGUAUGUUGCGCAAAUUUCGUGAAUCAGUGCGUUCCGACAGUCCCUGCUACAUGCUGGGCCACAUCUUUGGUUUGGUAUGCCUGAAUGGCUGGAUAUGGUCAGCGAUCUUCCAUACCAGAGAUUUUCCCAUUACCGAGCUGCUAGACUAUGCCUUUGCGUACUCCAUCGUUCUGUGCUCCUUCUACUGCAUGUUGAUGCGCAUGUUGCAUCGGUACUCGCUAUUCCUGCGCGCGGUCAUCACGCUGGCAUGUGUCUCAUACUACAUCAAUUAUUUUGCCUACUUGAGCACGGGCAAAUUUAAUUACUCCUUCAAUAUGAAGGUGAACAUUGCCACGGGCGUGCUGAACGCCGUGGGCUGGUUUGUGUGGUGCCAACGUGUACGCUAUCGGCGGCCCUAUUACAAACGCAUAUUACGCUUCUAUGUGCUAUUCGCGCUGGCCAUGAGCCUGGAGCUGCUCGAUUUUCCGCCUAUACUGUGGAUUCUCGAUGCGCACUCGCUGUGGCACUUGGCCACAGUACCUUUAGUUCCGCUCUACUACGACUUUUUGAUCGAGGAUUGUCAGACACUGCUGAAGGAGAAGGAAAUGACAGGAUCUUAUUCCUACUUUAACAAGGACAUUUAGAUCAUUAGACACACAUUUAUCGAUAAGUGGUCGU